AUGUCUGGAAAGCAGACGAUGACCUGGAACGGCGAGGCCGACGCCAAACUCCUCCUUGCCAUUCUCAAGGUCUCCGAUGUGAAGCCCGACUUUGAAGCCGUCGCCCAACAGUUGACUACCGAUGAAGUCACCUGCACUCCCCGCGCUGUCCAGGAGCACUUGAAGAAGCUGCGCAAGAUCGCUCAGGCCGACGUUGAUCCCACCGCUCCCGGCAAAGCCACAACUACCACUCCCGUCAAAGCUUCGCGCAAGGCAGCUGCUACUCCUGCUGGAGUAAAGAAGACCCGCAAGCCUGCUGCUGGAGCCAAAGGGAAGAAGGGUAAAGCUGCUGCCAACGUCGAUGAUGCUGAGGACGUGCCUGUCAAGAUGGAAACCGGUAGCGAUGAUGAAUACGAUACACCCACCUCCAAGAAGCGCAAGUACGAGGAUGCUGUCGGCGAGGGGUCUGUUAUUGGAUCUGAGCUUGCGGAUCUGGCUCAAGCGGGGCUCGACGCGGAGAUCACCGCCUGA